UCCCAAACAGGAAGUGCACGGUCCGGUUCCUCUGUUAGCACACACGCCUCCUGGACGUGGAUGUGUCUGUCAUGCGGGUUUAAUGGAGCUGGAAUUCCUUUACAUAUGCAUUUCAGCUUCACAUUUCGUCCCUUCGCUGUUUUUCGUGAAGCUGACACCUUCAGUUUGGCUUCAGUCCUGGCCCUUUGUCAUUUAGCGGUAAGCUAACAGCCGCACACUGGCACAGGCAGAGCUACAGAGGUGAUGUGUUCAGGGACUACUGAACUGUUGGGGUGUGUACAUGCUCUGAGUUCUUGAUUUACAGCUAUAUAGUCCAGCUCACCUGUACAAGUCUCUGGAAUGAUGCUUCUUCGGACGUUGUGGUCCAGAGUGGGAACUCAGUGGUUCUUUGAGAGGAAACCAGUCUGUAUUUUGGCCUCAACCAGUUAUUCCCAGUCUCCCCCACUCCACAAGUAUGAACCCAACCUUCGAACUAACUCAAACUGGUCUGGUUCAGAGAAGUUUCCAUGGACAUGUCAUCUAAGUACUACUCAUUCCCAGCAGAGGCAUACGCACUCUCUUGUGUCUUUAAGUGUAUGUAAAACGUUUAAAUAUGGUUCUGGAAUACUAACAAACUGGGAGAGUGGCCCGAGGCGCCCAUACUCAUCUGAUCUUGUCAAAUCAGUGUUAAAAUCAAGUUUAAAACCAGCAGUGGUGCCAGGAAAAAGAGUUCCUAAAGGACCGAGAACCAAGCAACCAUCCAGAUCCAAUCAGCCUCCACUGAAUGAGGCCCAGGAUAUGAUGCAGUGUAUUGCUUUUGCAACAGCCGAUCAGUAUCAUCUUCCAACCCUGUGCCAUGACUUGAUAGGACAUGGAUUCCAGGAGAUCGAUUUACCAAGAGAUGCUUCAAAUGUGCUUGUGAUAAGCACAGAGUUUGCUGCAAAGCCAGACGACAAUGCUCUAAUUUUCUUUUUCAGGGAAGGCUCUGUUGUUUUCUGGAACGUUGAGGAGAAAACGUUGAAAAAGGUGUUGAGAAUAUUGGAGCAUCAUGAGAUUCAGCCUUAUGAGGUGGCAUUAGUCCACUGGGAAAAUGAAGAAAUUAACUACACUAUUGCAGAAGGAAAUACGAAGCUUGAACGUGGAAAUUUUAUUCUCAGCGAUCAGAUGCAACAAGAAGAAGCAGUUUUAGAGAAAUUUGCCUUUUCAAAUGCCCUCUGUUUGUCAGUCAAACUGGCAAUAUGGGAAGUGUCAUUAGACAACUUUGUCGAGUCAAUUCAGUCAAUUCCAGAGACGCUGAAGUCUGGCAAAAGAGUUAAGUUGUCCUCUGCAGAGGUUAUGAAGAAGAUAGGAGAGCUUUUCACAUUAAGGCACUGUAUAAACCUGAGAUCUGACCUCCUCAUGACACCAGACUUCUACUGGGACAGAGAGAACCUGGAAAAACUAUACGAUAAGACCUGCCAGUUCCUCAGUAUCAACCGCAGGGUCAAUGUGGUGAAUGAGAAGCUGGAACAUUGCACCCAGUUAACAGACCUGAUGCGGAGUCACCUGAGUGAGAAGCACAGCUUGAGAUUGGAGUGGAUGAUAGUUAUCCUCAUCACCAUCGAGGUUAUGUUUGAAAUUGUAAGGAUGAUUUUCUAAACUGCUCUUCCAAGAAGGGCACAAAAAGAAGAACAAUACUGCACUAGACCAAGGUACUUUGUCAGGAUGAUGUGACAUCUGUUUUUUUCUCUGGGAAGAACUGGAAUUGUAAAAGGGACCUAAACCUUUUGGAUUUUUUCCUGUUGUUGCUGUUGUUGUAUAGCAUACACAUUUAAGAAACAUUUAAUAAAUGUCUAUUUUCUAUCAUUAUAUUUUGUGAAUGAUAUAGAUAAACAUUUCAUCUUUACAUCAUCGGCAAUGGUUUAUAAACGUUUGUUCAAUAAGAAAGAAAGGAUUUUAUAAUCAAAACUGUAAGAAAAGAAAACCAACAUGUGCCAACGUAUUUUCAGACAUAAAAAGUUCAUGAAAACCUGACUGUGAGUGCUAUGCUGAGUAAUAAAUGAAAUAAUUGUUUGAAAA